CGGCAGGUAGGUAGGCCAGGCAGACAGCCCAUUGCAUUGCAGAGCGGCCGUUGAUCAUCUUGAUAGAAGCACAGCAUAAUUUCAUAUCACAAUUGGUUUUCCUAGUUGCGGCUGGCCAACGAGAUCACUUCAUCUGGCUAUAGGCAACGCCUACAGCCCUAUCUCCCGAACAUUACAGUCGUUGCGAAUGAUGGAGACUGUCUCCUUUACCAACGCGCCAUCUCCACUUGCGGCUCAAGUACAGGCACAAUCCAUUCCGCCCGCUACGUCAGAGCUCCACCGUAAUUCACCAUGGCAGGCUGGAGCUUCCCGUCUCCUCCGAGUCUUCCAGUGUCCCUCGCCAAGUUCGCACGGCGCACCAGCAAGAGCACAGCAGCCAGUGCAAGCACCGAUGGCGCUACUUCUCAGAAGACGUCGAGUUUCAAGCUGUACGCCAACUUGGUCAGCCAGCCCAGUCGCGCAGGUAAGAAGAGAGUCAACAUUAUCCAUAGGAUAGGAUGCGUGCUUUACCGCCAUCCAGCGCUCCUAACAGUCCUUGGUGCCGUGUAUGCAGUCGCAUGGGCACUGAAGGUUAAAUGUGCCGACUACGAGUUCGUGAACGUGGACUUCGACGGCGACUUUAUCAAGUCGGACGAGUUCAAGGCGUGGAAUCCCAAUGCACUCGUGCCGGUGAUCCGCGACGGAGACUUCUCGCUCUUCGAAGGGUAUGAACAAAUGCUUGCAUGGUAUUGGAGACCAUGGUCUAACUCGUGAACUGUUGUGCUGCUUCCAGCACUGCCAUCUUGACGUACGCGUCCACGAAGUUCGGCUGGUCGGACUUAUACCCGACAGACAUGAAGACACGCGCCAAGGUGGACCAGUUCUUGAGUUGGCACCACACCAACACCAGGCUCUUCACACUGCAAAUUGUGCGGCCAGCAGUAAACAAGGCGCGCGGCAAGGCAUCGCCGUCGGACUUUGCGAUCCUGGGCAAGACAGACGCCCUUAUCGAAAAGGAGAUGACGCUGCUGGAGACGUUCCUCGACAAGGACUACAUCGCUCACACGGACGCACCGACGGUCGCUGACUACAUCGCGUACUGCGAGAUCGACCAGCUAGAGAUGAUGGGGUACGACUUUACCAAGUAUCCCAAGGCGACAGCAUGGAUCGAGCGCAUGAAGGUUCGUACCCGGUUUCUCUUUUCUUGCAGACUGGCAUCGUGACUGACGAUCUCCUGUUCUUGUUGUCAUCGACAGCAAAUCCCCUUCCACGACGAAGUGCGCGAAGAGCUGGACAAGUUCUUGACGGACGCGGGCGUCCGCGCCGACACCAAGAAGCCUUAAAAGCCCCAGGACAAUAGCAUUGACACGUAGUCGCACAGCAGGAGUCUUGCAUAUGAAUGUACCUCCAUCUAGAGAGCUCAUAUUCCAGCUGCACACAUCUUGUCUUGAAGCUGCAGCACAAUUAUAGCCCUCUGCUCUCUCGCGAAGCGGAGUCCCCACCCACCCUCUAACGGCUUCCAGCGCACACUCUACCGGUGCAAGUCCUACCUUGUCCGGAGCCUUAUGUAAGCAGACCUCGCAGCGUCAUCUUGCCCUGCCCGCCGAUCUGUGCGACAGCAUAGGGUCUCUGAUAGGCAAGCCCCGUCAUCCGGUCAGAGACCAGGCUCAAAGCGAUCCACAGAUGGCGGCAUGUGUGAUCCGUGUAGGAGGGAGGAUCUAUUCACGUCGACAGCGGAAGCAAGCUCACUCUUCAAUCCGCAGUCCAAGACUCAAGCAACCCCCUCCUCCUCCUUCACCAUGACCCUCAAGCUGUACGCCAACCUCAUCAGCCAGCCGUCGCGCGCCGUCGCCUGGGUGCUCAAGGUCAAGGGCGUGGACCACGAGCUCGUGCCCUGCAACCCGGGCAGCGACUUCUUCAAGUCGGACGAGUUCAAGGCCAUCAACCCCAACCGCCUCGUGCCCGCCAUCAAGGACGGCGACUUCGUGCUCACCGAGGGCAUGGCCAUCCUGCAGUACCUGGGCGACAAGUACGACUGGACCGGCCCCAAGGACCUGUACCCCAAGGACCUCAAGGUGCGCGCCAAGGUGAACGAGUUCCUGCACUGGCACCACACCAACACCCGCCUCUUCACGAUCAACAUCGUGCGCCCGGAGAUCUCCAAGAAGCUCAACGCCGCCACGCCCAAGGACCUCGCGGCGCUCGAGGGUAAGGACGCGCUCAUCGAGAAGGAGUUCUCGCUGCUCGAGACCUUCCUGGUCAACGACUACAUCGCGCACACCGACUUCCCCACCAUCGCCGACUACACGGCCUACACGGAGAUCGACCAGCUCGAGCUCAUGGGCUACGACUUCUCCAAGUACCCCAGGGUGUCUGCCUGGAUUGCCCGCAUGAAGACGCAGCCCUUCAACGAGGAGAUCCACGUGCCGCUGGUGGGAUUCAUCAAGCAGUUCGGCCUGUAAAGCAGCAGCGAUAGCGCUCGAUAGGUAGUAUGGAGUGUCAAUAAAGCGUUCUUCCUCGUUAAUCUCCGUCCUGCUGCGCGUACCUCGCUGCCCCAUGUUAUGCCUCUGCAGGGCAGAGUCUGCACUCAGAGGAAGGUGUUGACCCUGGAUACUGAGUUGCAGAUCCCAAGGUAUCAUCAGUGACGUCAGCAACAGGCAUCGAUGGGAUACGGUGACAAGUUCUCAUCGCUUGUUGCACUGGGGCUGGUAGGAUAGUUUCCAAAUUGAUAAACUCACUAACUAAAGGUGGCAAUCGACUGCAGAGUGGUGCAGCUCACCUUGCUUCUCUGCAAUCAGCCGAGAUUCACCUCGUGUAUGCACGGACAAAAUUGGGUGUGUUGCGGAUUCACCGCUCCUUCUUGGAUUCGCUGGUGCUACGGUUUGCCAAGCAGCUUUGGAACCCGCGCUCGAGUUCCUCACGGUCGAAGCCCUGUCCGAUAAGUACAAGACGCGAGACCCGCGGCUCGCCGGCCUCCCAGGGCGACCCAGGGGCGAUGGUGUAAGUGUCAAGCACCCCCUGCACGACACAGCGGCGAUCUUCAGCGUCCCCUGUCACGGACAACACUCCCUUCACUCGCAGGACGUCAGCUCCCUUGACGUAUUUCGUAACCACCUCGGACAGCCACUCGCCGAAAGCCGCAACGUCGACAUCGCGCUUGACCUCAAAGUGGACCGUACUGAUUCCGCCAGUAUGCUGUCCUCGCGCCCAAACAUCCUUGUUGCCUCCAUUAGCACCAUUGUUCUGCGCAUUGAAACGCACUGCGUCGAACGUCUUCACGUUCAAGAUCCUGUCCAAGUCCACGUUGGCGUUCACGCAGCUGCAGAGCUUUGCUUCUUCGUUCAUCCCGGCCAGCGUCUUCUCCAGCCUCUUGCACUCCUCCUUCGUCGCCACAUCCACCUUGUUCAUCAUCAAAAUGUCCGCAUACAGCGCUUGUCGCUGCAGCUCAAUGGGGAAUUCAUACACAUCCUUCUCCUGCUUCCAGUACCUCUGCGUGGCCUUGGCGUCCACCAUCGUAACAAUGGCGUCCAGGCGGAAUCUCGACGCUCUUAGUCUCAAGAACGUCUCAAUGAUCGGACCCGGGUCUGCGAGCCCCGUCGUCUCCACCACCAGGUAGUCGAAGCUCUGCUCCUGCACCAGCUGCAACAAGUAGUCCA